CUAAAACCUUUGUUUCCUCUCCUUCGAUUCAAACUAAUUGAUGUCCCAAUAAUACUUCCCGAAGUGAGGAACAUGUACCUGAGAAGGCAAACUUGCAUCUGCUUGAUACUGCCCCGACAUCGGUUGUAUUGGAGGCCCAAUGUAUUGAACCGGAACCGCGCAACGAUUAUUGAACAUCCCAUUAACUACCAUGCCAGCCGCUGUCUGCGGUUCAUAAUGGCUGGCCUCCGAGAAUGGAACCAGCCCAUUGUGUGUGCUGCUCUUGCUGGACGCUCCGGAAGGGAGCUCAUCAUGCAUCAGCAAUGUCAUCAUCGGAUUGUCCACCGGGAUUUAGAAACUUCCAAUGGGGAAGGGGCUUUUGUGGUUGUGGAACCAUCAAAAUUCAAGACAGUUAGUGAGAAGACUACAUUGAGGCAGGAUUUAAGCAAUGCUCUUCAGAUUAGGGUUUUUCAGAGAGUGACAAGAUUGAGUCGUUGCGAGGUUGAUCUUCUGAAGAAGGAAAUGAGUGAAAAUGAUGUUCCUAUAUCCUACUCUGGUGGUGGUGGUCCUCAGAAAUCCAUUCGCAAGACUAAUUUGGAAGAAAUUCUACGCAGGUUACUCAAUUUUCUAGAGCCUGAAACUUUUCAAGGAGCUGUGAAAGCCAUAAAUGAAAAAAAUCCUUUCUGUCUUGGAUGAAACAGGCUCGGGGAGGGUGGAUUUGGGCAUGUUUUAUGCAGUUAUUGCUCCCAUUUGCGGUGGAUCUCCAGAUAAGCGAAAAAGGGUUGCCUUUGAUGCACUUUUAUGGCGACCAGUGAAUGAAGGCAGUUCUCAGAUAAGAAAGGUGGAUGUUGCGAAAUACAUCAAAUUGUUGAGGGCUAUUUAUGUUCCGUCUGAUGGGGUAACCGAAGUGCUUAUCUUUCAGUGAGUUUGUAGUAAUGUUUGAUGAUCCAGAUCGGGGUUUUGGUGUCAUGUCAACUCUGAUGAAGCUCGCAUCUGGAGAUAGGAAUCGCCAUGGACACCAUGUUUGCUCAGUUUGCCACUACCCAAUUAUUGGUUCCUGUUUUAAGGAGAUUAAGAGCAUAUUUGAGUUAGUUUGUAAGAGUUUUUAUUUUAUUUUUUUGCACUGUUCAUGAAUGAUAAAUUUAAAUUUUUAUUGGAAACUGAAUUAAACAUGCUUUAAGUCUCAUUUUAAUCUAUGUAGUCAUUGCUACAAGUGAGGGAAAGGUGCCUUCUAACUUUAAGCAGGACGAGUACAAAUUUAAGGAGUAUGGACGUGAGGCUGAAGUGAUGAAAGAUAAGUGGAUGUGCUUUACUUAGCAAUCCCAUAAGAUCUAUAGCUAGUUGACUUAAAACUCUUUGGGUUAAUCCUGUAUCAUUCCAAUAUUUUAGUUGUGAAGUGUGAAAUAUAAAUAGCUCACAAUUGUGUUCAGCGGGCUGCAUGCCCUUGUAUAAUAAAAUCGUUUUCAAUUG